GGGACGAGACAGUUUCGCGAUUCUCAAUAUCACAUCUGUCACCGCACGGUUUGUCUCCCGGUCUCAGGACAGACACCGUUAUACGGAUGAAUAUUCAUUAGUCGAUGAUAUUUUAACCCAGUUGUGAAAAUUAUCAGACAGAGGCUGUACCGCGUGCUCUGGUACACUUGGCCGUGGUUCACCGCGAGAUUUUAUCCUCGUCGUUAAAGAGUAGGACGGGGUUUAUUGUUUGUUUUUAUUACUUUCGUCAACCCUGGACUACCGAUUCGUCUCCUCCUCACGUGGUUUCUUUUCACGUUCGCUAUUGAGGGAGGCUCAUGUCGCGAUGUAACGCGUUGUUGUGUCUGUUGAAAUGUUGAGUGAAUGUUAGUGAGAAGCAGCGUACUGCUCUGUCCAAUACAAUUUGUUCAGUGGAUCGGAUUGUAGUUCCGAUUUUGUGUACUUUAUGGUACAUAGAGUUCGGUGUGACGGAUAGCCUGCACUACCUACUUUUGUUUUGUGUUAAUCUGUAAAUUAUCCCCCUCAUCGUCGUCAUCAUCGUCAUCAUCGUCAUCAUCGUCAUCAUCUUCUUCGGAAACACAGUUUUGCCGGGCGAAUACAAGGCGAGAAGCGUACCUUCGAUCGUUUCUCAACAUCGGUGUAAAUAAUAUGACUCAUAAUCAGUGCAGUGUUGAUUUUUGUUGACGGCAGCACGGUGGAACAGGCAACGCUGACUUCGAAAUUUGAGGAUACGUUGUUUCAUCUCCCGUUUUCGCUCUGUUUCUCUAUCUAUCUGCGCAAUUCCUGUCGCGUACGUAUCCUGCAGGACCUUGAACAAGUUUAUUCUCCUUCUCACUAUCUACGAUAAUUCUCCUUCGCCUUUUUUUUCCGUCUCGUUUCCUUCGACCGACGCCAUCGAGACAUGGAUACGCUCAUGAUACUGGGUAUUUGUUUCUUUUGCUACGGAAUGUGCGACCUGAUAAUACGGUACGCGACACCCCCAGUGCCGGAACCCCAGAGCCAAAUGUCCAACGCCUCCCCGUCAUCCUCGGCAUCGCAACCGACGCCCCGAUCGCCCGGGGUCUAUACAAUUUCCCAGAAUCUCCAGAGCCCGCCGAACUUCUGCUGCGAAUAGACUGGCUGUUCUCCCGCCUCCGGGGAAACUCUCGUUGUACCGGAAGAGAGGAAGGGAGGAAGUGAACUCACGUCGUCGCUGGCUCUCGUUCAAACCCAAGGACUCAUACUCACCGGAUACCGCCAUGCCUCGAGUUCUGGCGCCGUGCCGCAAACCCCCCGCAGAGAGGCUCGUGCAACGGUUGACGAAUAAACACGGAUCACCGUCACCGUAAUCGAGGAGGAAUAGUCCCGAAAAACACAUCGCCCUUUCACAGCGUCUCGCUGAAGCUUUGCCUGGAUCAUCCACCUCAUACCCAUCCCUCUUCUCCCCUUGGUGGAAAGGAUUUAUGACGCGACAUCCGGCCGCACGUGGGACUCGGGGUCGGGGCUCAGGUGGACCCCCGUCGUCGACGUGACCCGGGUCGCGAACUCCGCCACCACUCGUCGAGGACUCGGCGUCCCCGGCGCAGCGAGACCCGGACCCCCGAGCCAAGGCGAGGACGGACCUCCUCUCGUAAUCCGUGAAGCGAAGCGAUGGACUCCCUUGAACGCUUGAUGAGUGCCGGUCCACUGCCCACCGCUCUGGCCGCAGCCUCCCGAUCCCAGAACGCGUUUGUUCAGGCCAGCCUCUGCUCGGCCUUUGGCCGAAAGGGACGCCAUUUGACAGGGACCUUCUGCCUGACCGGCGACACUAUGGAGGGAAUAAUACAGUGUCUCGUGUUCCUCAAAGCAUUCUCGCUCGUCGGGGGCGAAUUUGACAUGGAACUGAACUUCGUUAUUCAGGACGCGCAGAACAUCAGGCACAUGCUCGAGCUGCUGGAUCACUGCCCGCCAAAUUUACAGGCGGAAAUAUGGAGCGUCUUCAUAGCCAUACUCAGGAAGAGCGUUCGCAAUCUCCAGGCUUGUACCGACGUCGGUCUGAUCGAGCACGUGCUUCACCGGCUAACCCGGGCUGAAACUGUCGUCGCAGACUUGCUUAUCGACAUGCUUGGAGUGUUGGCGAGCUACAGCAUCACCGUGAAAGAGUUGAAGCUCUUGUUCGGCGCGAUGAAAGCGGUGAAAGGGAAAUGGCCAAGACACUCGGCCAAGCUGUUGAACGUUCUUCGCCAAAUGCCACAAAGGAACGGGCCGGAUGUAUUUUUCAGUUUUCCUGGAAGAAAGGGUUCGGCCGUGGUCCUACCACCUCUUGCGAAAUGGCCGUACGAGAAUGGAUUCACAUUCACGACCUGGUUUAGACUUGACCCCAUAAACUCAGUAAACAUUGAACGCGAGAAGCCUUACUUGUACUGUUUCAAAACAAGCAAAGGGGUCGGGUACUCGGCACACUUUGUAGGAAAUUGCUUGGUGCUCACUUCUAUGAAGGUCAAAGGGAAGGGCUUCCAGCAUUGUGUCAAAUACGAGUUUCAACCACGAAAGUGGUACAUGAUCGCGAUAGUGUACAUAUAUAACAGAUGGACGAAGAGCGAAAUAAAGUGUCUGGUGAACGGGCAGCUAGCCUCGAGUACGGAAAUGGCAUGGUUCGUUUCGACCAACGACCCAUUCGAUAAAUGCUACAUCGGUGCCACGCCGGAAUUGGACGAGGAACGUGUGUUUUGCGGGCAAAUGAGCGCGAUAUACUUAUUCAGCGAAGCACUUACCACGCAUCAAAUAUGCGCGAUGCACAGACUGGGCCCUGGAUACAAGAGCCAGUUCCGGUUUGAUAACGAAUGUUACCUCAAUCUACCUGACAAUCACAAAAGGGUGAGUGACGAGCAGGAGCCCGUUAGCAUGUUGGACCAAAGUAUACAGCCUGUACUCUACGAUGGAAAGUUAUCGAACGCUAUAGUCUUUAUGUACAACCCCGUUGCGACGGACUCGCAGCUAUGCUUGCAGAGCGCUCCAAAAGGCAACAUGUCUUAUUUUGUCCACACGCCCCACGCUCUCAUGCUGCAGGAAGUAAAAGCUGUCAUCACUCACUCUAUCCACAGUACCUUGAAUUCCAUCGGCGGAAUACAAGUUCUGUUCCCGUUGUUCUCCCAGCUAGACAUGUCGUACGAUUGCGUCACUGCUAAUGAUAUCAAAAGGGAUCCGACCUUAUGUUCGAAGCUGUUGGGCUUCAUCUGCGAUUUGGUAGAGAGUUCGCAAACGGUACAACAGCAUAUGGUUCAGAAUCGAGGAUUUUUAGUGAUCAGCUACAUGCUUCAACGGGCAAGCCGGGACCACCUGACUACAGAGGUGUUGGCUUCGUUUUUGGAGCUUACGAAGCACCUCGUCACAUGCCUGAGUGCCAACAGCGACCUUUUACUGAAACAGCUGCUGGACCAUGUCCUCUUUAAUCCUGCCUUAUGGAUUUACACUCCGGCACCAGUACAAUCUCGCCUGUACUCCUACCUGGCAACCGAAUUCCUCAGCGAUACCCAAAUAUAUUCAAACGUCAGAAGAGUAUCAACAGUGCUGCAAACCGUACACACUCUAAAGUAUUACUACUGGGUAGCUAAUCCAAGAGCAAAGAGCGGCAUUACACCCAAGGGACUGGACGGACCCCGUCCGCAGCAGAAGGACAUUUUGACGAUACGUUCGUACAUCCUGUUAUUUUUAAAGCAAUUGAUAAUGAUAGGAAACGGCGUGAAGGACGAUGAGCUGCAAAGCAUUCUCAAUUAUUUAACAACGAUGCAUGAGGAUGACAAUUUGCACGACGUUCUGCAAAUGCUGAUAUCUCUGAUGUCAGAACAUCCGUCAUCUAUGGUGCCUGCGUUUGACGCUAAACAAGGAGUGCGAACCAUUUUCAAGCUCUUGGCUGCGGAGAGUCAAUUAAUACGUCUUCAAGCUCUUAAGCUGCUCGGAUUUUUCUUGAGUCGCAGUACGCAUAAGAGAAAGUACGAUGUCAUGAGUCCGCAUAAUCUCUAUACACUCUUGGCUGAAAGACUGUUGCUGAACGAAGAGACUCUGUCCCUGCCAACAUACAACGUUCUUUACGAGAUCAUGACUGAACAUAUAAGUCAACAAAUUCUGUACACUCGGCAUCCUGAGCCUGAAUCGCUCUACCGAUUGGAAAAUCCAAUGAUAUUAAAAGUCGUUGCAACUUUGGUGAGACAGUCAAAGCAAACGGAACAGUUGCUAGAAGUGAAGAAACUGUUUCUCUCGGACAUGACUUUGCUCUGUAAUAACAAUCGUGAAAACCGACGGACCGUUUUGCAAAUGUCCGUAUGGCAAGAAUGGUUGAUCGCCAUGGCCUACAUACACCCAAAAAAUGCAGAGGAACAAAAGAUUUCGGAUAUGGUUUACUCGUUGUUCCGUAUGCUUCUUCAUCAUGCUAUUAAACACGAGUAUGGAGGAUGGCGAGUCUGGGUCGAUACAUUGGCCAUCGUUCAUUCGAAAGUGUCAUACGAAGAGUUUAAAUUACAAUUUGCACAAAUGUACGAACAUUACGAGCGUCAGAGGUCGGACAACAUAACGGAUCCGGAACUGCGCCAACAGAGGCCAAUCAGCACAAUAUCAGGAUGGGAUCAACAACACUCUGGUAAUAAUGGUUACACUAGACCGAUACCUUGGACCAAUGCUCAGCAGCCUACUCUGCCGAAUUCGGAAGAACAUUACAAGGAAUUUGACAAUCCAGACGCGGCUGAUCGCUUGGACGAAUCAUGCAGCUGCGAUCUCAAUUCAAUAGACAAUACGGAAAGUGACGGAAGUCCAGCCUUAAUAAAAUCUCGUAGUGAAACGUUGGAUACAUUGCAAUCUAGUGAGGCAGUGUCGUUAGAUUCUCGGCUAAGUGACAAACCUGAAACACCGACGACAGCUCGGGAGAAUAAUUCCGACACACCGACUAUUCUUGAGGAGGCGAACAGUGAACCAAUUUCGUUGCCAACAACGCAUGAAACCAGCGAGGUUAUAUCUAUUGAAAGCUCUAGCGAUUUGUACAGUGACGUUCAUAAAAUAGAAAGCUCCAGUCCAGAUUCAAUGAUGCACGAAACAAGGAAAGAAACUAUUACCAACACUCAAGAGUCACAGAGUGAUGCAGGUUCUCCAUUGAUUGUAAGAGAAGAUAACAGUCCAGCAAUAACGCCGAUUGAUGAAGAAGAUAGUGAUGAAACCUUGGCAAAAGAUGCUGAGUCCAAAAUCGAGGAAGAAGUGGAGUCGAAAGUUUCUCAAGGAGACGCAGAAGAUGAAACUGAUGAAUCAAAAAUAGUGGGUGAAACUAAAACCGAAGCAACAACAGAGGCUCAAGCUGAGCCAAUGGCAGAAAAUGAGAGUGAUGAGAAGUUCGAAGAAAAUAAAAAACCCGAAGAUAAUGCUAGCGAUGAAAGUACUAUUGACAAAAACGCAGUGGAAAAGGUUGUUCUUGAUGAGCAUAAAGAAUCUGUUGAAUCUGCCAAAGACUCGGUAACCACGUCUUCGGUUGAAAAAACUGACACCAAUGUAGAAUUGGAAUCUGAAAAUCCGGUUGUUGAUGAAAAUGAAUCAAAAGUUAGUACAGACGUCGAGACACCUUCAGCGGACGAUCAUCAAGAUGUUAUAGAAAACGAAGAGGUCAAAGUCAGUUUGAAUCAGGAUGAUUUGAACAAAGUCAUUAAGGACGUUGUAAAAACUCCGCCGGUUGAGGAGGAGAAUGUUAGCAAUGAAAAAAUACCCGAAGGUGAUGAUGGAAGCGUUGGCGUCAAGACUGACGAAGAAAAGAAAGAUGAAAACGCAGAAAAUGUAAAAAGUCUAAUUUGCUCAACUAGUGUAAUAGAAACCUCUGAAGCGUGUAAAGAGAAAAUAGAUGUGGAGGGUAAUGAUUUGGGAUCGGUAGCAGAUAGUGAGUUAAGAAGUAACGAAGAUAAUAGCACGGUCGAGACUGUAAUAGAGGAUAAAAGUGCUGUUGUUAAUGGUAAUGAUAAUGGCAAUGAAGAAAAAGACAAAGAGGAGGUAAAUGAUGAACGUUCAGGAGAACCGUCCAAUGUUUCUAUUAGCAUAAGUGAUAAUAAAACAGACAUUCCUGUGAGGACUGAAACGAUAAAAAUAGAAGAUAGUGUUUCUAAUAUUAGUGACGUUCAAAGUUCUGUAGGUAAUGUGACUCAAGUGCCAAAUCCUAAACAGCAUAUUCCAACAAUAUCGACGGUCUGUGAUGCAACAAAAAAUUUACCCGACGGUGUGCCUAAAAUUGUUAGUUCUAAAACUAUUACGACUGACGAUCAGUUGUUGAAUAACUUAACUACAGAUCACAUAGACGCUCAUCGCAGAUCCAGCCUGCCAAUUGUUCCCUCUGAGACUAUCACCGAUGGAAGUAUGGAUGACGCACCUUCUCUGCCCAUUCCGUUGCGUAAGAUGUCGUCACCCCAAAAGCGACCAAGGAGUGCCUCAACAUCGACACAAGUAGACCCUAAUCACUUUGAGUCAAAACGAGCAAAACAAGGAAACCCUUCCACAAGACCGAUGUUCAGUCCAGGCCCUACACGACCUCCAUUUAGGAUACCCGAGUUCAAAUGGUCGUACAUACAUCAGAGAUUACUUUCCGACGUUCUGUUUUCGCUGGAAACUGACAUUCAAGUCUGGAGAAGCCAUUCAACAAAGUCUGUAUUAGACUUUGUAAACAGCAGCGAGAAUGCUAUAUUCGUAGUGAAUACUGUUCAUUUGAUAUCUCAGCUUGCCGACAAUCUUAUAAUAGCCUGCGGUGGUCUCCUUCCGUUACUUGCAUCUGCGACUUCGCCCAACAGCGAACUGGAUGUAAUAGAGCCGACUCAGGGUAUGCCAAUUGAGGUAGCUGUUUCCUUUCUGCAAAGACUAGUCAAUAUGGCCGACGUACUCAUUUUCGCUAGUUCAUUAAAUUUUGGAGAACUAGAGGCAGAGAAAAAUAUGUCCAGCGGUGGGAUCCUACGGCAAUGUCUACGAUUGGUCUGUACAUGUGCUGUUAGAAACUGCUUAGAGUGUAAAGAACGUGGCAGACCUUACAGCAUGUUAGGUCGGCAGAUCGGUUCUAGUAAUAAAUCACAGCACAUACAGUCGCUCAUAAGAGGAGCUCAGACCUCGCCUACGAUUGUUUUGGACAAGCUGGCAACUCAGCAGCUAAGCCCGGUCAAAGAUCCUGAAAAGUUGUUGCAGGAUAUGGAUGUUAAUCGCCUAAGAGCUGUUAUUUACAGAGAUGUUGAAGAAACCAAGCAGGCUCAGUUUCUGUCCCUGGCUAUAGUUUACUUCAUCUCUGUACUAAUGGUGUCCAAAUAUCGCGACAUACUGGAACCACCAAUUCCUCAACGACCGCCGAGCCCAGUUCAAAAUGUACAAACAAAUGGAACUAACAUUAGGCCCGGAAGUCCGUCAGCAGAUGGGAGUGGUGGUGGAGGAGGGCGACCACUGUUUCCGCAGUGGUCUCACCAUGUGUACCCUCAGUUCCUCCCGGGGUCUCACCCCAACGCCAAUGCGAACCACCACACCAGCCAGCACCACCACCAGCACCCACUACCACCGGCUGCCAGGCACACUAGUCGCCAGCCCCCAUCCAGUUAUUAUCUCCCGAAUAACCACAAUAACCAUUCCUCGAACCAUCACUCGAAUAACUAUAACUUCCAUCACCAUCAUCAUUAUCAUCACCAUAAUAACAACAAUCACCAUCAUACGCUUCAAAAGCAUAUCGAUCAGCCCCGAAAUCUCUAUCAUAGAAAUUCUGGUGUCGGUCUGCAAGGAAGCGGCGGUGUCAUGAGUCAGUCUGGUUCCCAAGAUGAUGGCGAAUAUGAAGUUAUCAUUGUCGGUGAAAAUAAUUCUUCCAUAUUGGCUGACCAUGAAGUUUCCUCGAGUGGCCCCGCAUCUAUCAAGGGAGGUCAUAGUGGCGUACCUCGGUCACGGACUAUCCUGGAGGACAAUUACGCCUUACCUGACUCUACGCUUGGUUAUGCUCCAAGACCUGAGCCACUCCCAAGAAAUAUUCAGAGUAACGACUCAAGCGAAGAAACAAUACACCAGAGUAAUAUGACGGCGGAUCCCAGUCCUUCGGAAGCGACUACUGAUAACGAAAACAAGCUUAAUUCCUCCGAAGAUGCUUGGACCGAUGUCAAUCUCAAUGAAGAUGGAGAUUCCAUUUCUGCUACGAAUCCAAGAGAGGAUCCUCGGAAUAUUCAUAAUAUUGCUCACUCGCGGGGCGAUAUUCCUGACAAUGAAGGCAAUGUCUUGGACCAGGAAAUGUUGGCUAAUACUGAACGUGGUGAAAAACCAACAGCUGAAAUAUCGGUUGUACGAGUGCCAGAUAGAUUGAUGAUGACAGCGACAUCGCCGCGGCCUGACGAUCUGCCAAUCAAAGGACUGGUUGAUCAUCUUCCUAUACCAACACCAUCGCGAGAAGCUUCGCUCACACAAAAGCUCGAAAUGGCCUUGGGCUCUGUAUGCCCACUACUCAGAGAAAUUAUGGUGGAUUUUGCACCAUUCUUGUCAAAAACCCUUGUUGGCUCACACGGACAAGAAUUGCUUAUGGAGGGCAAAGGAUUGACCACCUUCAAGAACAGCAAUUCCGUUGUGGAACUUGUCAUGCUGUUGUGUUCGCAGGAGUGGCAAAAUUCUUUGCAGAAACACGCGGGUCUUGCUUUCAUUGAACUGAUUAAUGAAGGAAGGCUGCUAUCUCACGCCAUGAAGGAUCACAUAGUUCGGGUAGCAAAUGAGGCAGAAUUCAUCCUGAACAGGAUGCGAGCCGAUGACGUACUUAAACACGCCGACUUCGAAUCGCAGUGUGCUCAAACUCUUUUGGACCGUCGAGAAGAGGAGCGAAUGUGCGAUCACCUGAUAACGGCAGCUCGAAGAAGAGACAACGUGAUCGCAAGUCGAGUUUUAGAAAAAGUUCGCAAUAUACUGUCCAACAAACAUGGUGCCUGGGGAUACAUGGACCCGAUGGCAGCAAGGAUGGCAGAAUUCUGGAAACUAGAUGCUUGGGAGGAUGAUGCACGGAGGCGAAAACGUUUCGUGCACAAUCCGCUAGGCUCUAGUCAUCCUGAAGCCACUCUCAAGGCAGCCCUCGAACACGGUGCACCUGAAGACGCGAUUCUUCAAGCUCGAGAAGAAUUCCAUGCUCAUCUCGCUGCUUCACGAGCUCAUCAGCAGCAAAUACAAUCUGCAGACCUCAUGGACGACAGUGAAUUACUCUCGGACGACAGGGACCUUGACAAUGAUCUUACGGGCCCAGUGAACAUUAGCACGAAGGGCAAACUGAUAGCACCAGGAAUUGUGGCGCCGGGUAUCAUCUCUGUCACAUCUACGGAAUUAUACUUCGAGGUGGACGAGGACGACCCCGAAAUAAAGAAGAUCGACACUGAGGUCCUCAAGUACUGCGAUCACCUUCAUGGAAAAUGGUACUUCUCGGAAGUGCGUGCGAUAUUCUCGCGUCGCUACCUGCUCCAGAAUGUUGCGAUAGAAAUAUUCCUCGCGAGCAGAACUUCGAUCCUCUUCGCAUUCCCCGACCAGGCAACGGUGAAAAAGGUGAUCAAGGCGCUGCCGCGGGUCGGCGUUGGAAUCAAAUAUGGGAUUCCGCAGACUAGAAGAGCUUCGAUGAUGUCGCCCCGUCAACUCAUGCGGAGUUCAAACAUGACCCAAAAAUGGCAACGCAGAGAGAUAUCGAAUUUCGAAUAUUUGAUGUUCCUCAACACGAUUGCUGGGCGAACCUACAACGACCUCAACCAGUACCCCGUUUUUCCUUGGGUCCUGACCAACUACGAGACCAAGGAACUGGACCUGAGCCUCCCGAGCAACUAUCGGGACCUAUCUAAGCCCAUCGGCGCGUUGAACCCGAGUCGUCGCGCCUACUUUGAGGAACGUUACCAGAGCUGGGAACAUGAUAGUAUUCCACCGUUUCACUACGGCACUCACUACUCAACCGCUGCCUUCGUUCUCAACUGGCUCAUUCGCGUGGAACCGAUGACAACAAUGUUCCUAGCACUCCAGGGGGGCAAAUUUGACCAUCCCAACAGACUGUUCUCGUCUAUAGCACUAUCCUGGAAGAAUUGCCAGAGAGACACGUCGGAUGUCAAGGAAUUAAUCCCGGAAUUCUUCUUCCUGCCCGAGAUGCUUGUCAACAGUAAUCGCUACCGAUUGGGCAGACAGGAGGACGGAAGCGCUGUCGGCGACGUCGAUUUACCACCGUGGGCAUCUUCGCCGGAAGAAUUUAUUCGCAUCAAUCGAAUGGCACUCGAGUCCGAGUUUGUCUCCUGCCAGCUGCAUCAGUGGAUCGACCUGAUAUUCGGGUACAAGCAGAAAGGUCCGGAAGCCGUCAGGGCCACGAACGUAUUUUACUACCUGACCUACGAGGGCAGCGUGGAACUAGACUCUAUCGGAGACCCGGUAAUGAAGGAGGCUAUCGAGAACCAGAUCCGUAACUUUGGACAGACCCCGUCUCAGCUGCUGAUGGAACCGCAUCCUCCCAGAAGCUCGGCGAUGCACCUGUCCCCAAUGAUGUUCUCGAGCAUUCCGGACGACGUAUGCAUGACGAUCAAGUUCCCGUCCAACUCGCCGAUUUGCCACAUAUCGGCCAACACUUAUCCCCAGCUUCCGUUGCCCUCCGUCGUGACGGUAACCACGGGACAACAGUUCGCUGUUAAUCGGUGGAACACAACCUACGCUGCAUCGGUCCAGUCUCCGAGCUACGCUGACACUCCGCAAACGCAGGCGGUCAAUCAGCCCUUGUCGAUGGAUCCGGUUCUUUCUCAAACGUCAAACAGCUCAAAUCCGGCGCUCCGACGACACUUGGGUGAUAAUUUCAGUCAGAAGCUGAAGAUUCGGAGCAACUGCUUCGUCACUACAGUUGACAGCAGAUUUCUCGUUGCUUGCGGAUUCUGGGACAACAGUUUCCGCGUAUUUUCUACCGAGACAGCUAAAAUAGUCCAGAUAGUCUUCGGGCACUACGGAGUUGUGACCUGCCUCUCCCGAAGCGAGUGCAACAUCACAUCCGACUGCUACAUAGCGUCGGGAAGCGCGGAUUGCACGGUCCUUCUCUGGCACUGGAACGCGCGUACCCAGACAAUAGUCGGCGAAGGCGAGGCUCCCGCGCCCCGGGCGACAUUGACGGGUCACGAGCAGCCGGUGACAGCCGUCGUCAUCUCUGCCGAGCUUGGCCUGGUGGUUUCAGGAUCGCAUUAUGGCCCCGUCCUCGUUCACACGACCUUCGGUGAUCUUCUCCGGUCCCUCGAUGCUCCGUCGGGUUACUCUUCGCCCGAGAACAUCGCCAUGUCCCGGGAAGGUGUCAUAGUAGUCAAUUACGAGCGGGGACACGUCGCGGCUUUCACGAUAAAUGGAAAACGACUUCGUCACGAGUCUCACAACGAUAAUCUUCAGUGCCUGCUCCUGAGCCGCGACGGCGAGUACCUGAUGACUGGAGGAGAUAAGGGGAUCGUUGAAGUCUGGCGAACCUUCAAUCUCGCGCUGCUCUACGCAUUCCCGGCCUGCGAAAGCAGCGUCAGAUCGCUGGCGCUAUCGCACGACCAAAAAUUCCUUCUAGCCGGAUUGGCAAACGGCUCAAUGGUCAUCUUCCACAUAGAUUUUAACAGAUGGCAUCACGAGUUUCAGCAACGCUACUGAAUUCUUCUGAGCGGCGGGAUAAAGCGUUCGAGCGAGAUAAUCGAGAGUGAAGAAGAAAUCCGUCAUUCCAUUAUCGCUGUGAUGAUACGCAUUUUUGUACUCUGGAACAGACGCAAAUUGAUAAAACUAAACACAAAAAAAUGGCAAAAAAAAAGAAUAGAAAAGAAUAGUAAUAAUUGGAACUUGAUACACUUAUAUUAUAAGUCUAGAAAAUUGCUUGAAUAACGCUGACAAACUUUUCGCUCCAUUUCUCAGCAAUUAAAUUUACUUUAUGUCCACCUCCAUUAAGAGGAUAUUUUUUUUAAGACAUAUUUUGACUGGAUUUUCAACUCUUUAUCAGAUCUGCGUUCAAAAUUCGUUUAUUUUCCUUAAAAAAAUAGACUUUGGAGUGGGUUCCAUUAUGAUUAUAAUUAUAAUUGUAACUUUUGAUUCUGUUUUAAACAGUGUUAUUUAUUUGGUAAAAGGAAAGAAGGAGGAUAGAGAUAUGUACAAUCGAAACAGGAUUUCGAUUAGAUUUUAUUUUGGAGCAAUUACGUUUAUGUUUACGUAAUAUGAUUCUAGCAUGAUUGCGAAAUCUACUUUGUAAGUAUUGUUUGUUAAUCAUUACUAUCAUCAUUAGUUGUUCUCUUUGUUAAAUUGUUUUUUCACCCCUAUAAAGAAAUGCGAAAAUAAGAAUCAAAGGAAAGAAUGAGAAGAUAAUUUUCAACAACGAAUACUAUGUAGUAUUAUAUACUAAUCUUGUUCGAACUAUAUGUUACAUUAUUAAAAAUGACCGCGGAUAUAAAUUUAUAAUAUAUAAUUUAUUCAUUAAUUCGCGACGUCAAACAAGAAAAAAUAUGUUUCAAAUAUUUAUACCGUGUAAUCUCUAAAUUAUACGAACAGUCGUCUAUGUGCAAUCGGUGUUUAUCAUGAUUAUUAUAAUUUUUAACGUAUCAGAUCGAUCGCCGAUUUGCCGCGUGAUCGUUAGGCACAGUAUGUACUUACGCCUAGGUGGUUUAUAUAUAUGAUAGUGUUGUUAAGAAAGUACUUUCUGAUUAUGUAUUAAAUAAUAGGGUACAUAUGUAUAUAUGUAUCUCGGUAUUUUUCGUAUAAACAACAUUAUUCAACCUUAAUACAACUACAGUUCUUAAUGCUGCACAGAAAUUCGUUUGAGGCAAAAAAUUGAGAGAAAAUUAACAAUGAUAAUACAUGUAAAUCAAACAAUUCACAACUGAAUCAGCCGAGAUAUUUAAUAAUUAUGAUGAUUGUGUCGAGUAUAUGAUAGUUUUCGAAUUGUUUACUGCAUAACGUAUAAAAGCUUGGUUAUUUAUAUACAUACAUAAUUAUGUGUAUAUAAUAAGUAACUAAAAGAUUUGUUAUUAACAUUAACGCUAGUCAAUUACGGAGACUUUGAUCUAUUAUAUAACUGUCUACGUUGCAAUCUUUCGAAAGCUUACGACUACGAAAAAAAAAAAAAUAAAGUAAAAUAAAACGUUUAAAAAUUAACAUUUCAUGAGAUGCCAAACUGUGCGUAAAUUAUUUUUAUGCAUCUUUGAACGUAAGUUUGGCGCCAAUAUUUGUCUCAAUAAAUUAUACCGUGGUACCCGUUGUACAUAAUACAUAUUAAUAAUAUCCUGCAUACUUACCUAUACGCUAUAUACAUAUGUCUACCUUACAUAUGUACAAUAUAUGCAAUAUCGGAUCAUAAUUCUGUUCCCUGUGGAUGGAGGAUUUUCAGAGAAAGAGUUUUUAUAGUCACUGUCACAAACUAUACAUAUGUAUACAUACUUGACACAGGUACAUAAAUGUAUAAUUCCGUUGUAGCGAAGAUCGCCAAUUCGAAUUACGUAGAUAAUUCUUUCGCGAUACUGUCUGAAGUUUUUAUCCAGAGUGUAUAAAUAUCGAUGAACCAUCACUUUGAUCUCCCUACUGCCCCAACCAUAUACAUACCUAUAUGUAUAACUCAUCCUUGUGCUUUAAUUAACAAAGAUCCUAUAAUUUCAUCAACGCCGUCCAGCUUAACUCUGUGGAGGAUAUUUCUUAUGAUAAUAUUUUCGCAUGCAAAACAUAAUAAUUAUGGUAAUAAUAAUAAUGAUAAUAAUGAUAACAAUAAUAAUAAUAAUAACAAUAUUAAUAUUAAUAAUAAUCAAUGGGACAUGAAUAAAAACGACGUAGAUAUUAAUUGGUCUGCCGAAUCGGAACUCUUAUCAUUUUUUCAAAUUAAAGAAAAACAUUUAGUAUGUAUAAGGGCGCAGUUAGUAAACCAAGUAAGCUUCACUUACUUUACACAUGUACGGUGGGUAAAAGUUACAAUUCGAGAAGCUCUGAAAAAUUGAAAGGAACAAACAACAAAUUCAACUUUCAAUUAAUUCACAAAUACCAAAUGGAAAAAAUCGAAUCGGAAUAGAAGAGAUAGAAAAAUGCAUCAAAUGUAGGUGCCACAUGAUUAAAAAUUGCAGAUAAUAGUAAUAGGAAGCGAAAAAAUAUUUGAAAAACCACAAUAUUCAGCAAUCAAAAAUAAUUUAUUAUGCUCUUACGAGUAUUGUACAAUUAUAAAUAGUAUUCUAAUCUACGCAUUGAUAUAAAUAUAAAGGCACACAUUAAUUCUGUGUUGCAAAUACAUCACUUACACACAUUUAAUUAAUAUUAUCAUCGUCAUCGUCAUCAUCAUUAUUAUUACUAUUAUCGAUUUUAACAGAGUCUACUUUUAUCAAAUGCACCAGAUAAAUAAUCCGCUAAUCAAUAGUAAAUAGAUACUUCGAAGACACAUUAUAUUAAGGGCUAAUCGGACGAUAUGAUCCAUAGUUGUGCCGAUUUAACUGCAAGGUGUUUGUUGCACAGUUUUAUCUACAUUUAAGGACUAUGCAGAAAAGAAGGAACGUAAAAAAUAACCGAAUGAAAGAAAUCCCGCUUACGUGAUUGUAAAACUCAAAUAGUAUUCGACAUAAAUUUAUGCGCAUUUAGAUUAUAUGUUAUAAAAUAUCGUGUGUACGUUACUUAAGUAAUGCAGUAUUGUAUUGUAGAAACAGUGUAUGUAGUUUUUUUGCCCUAUAUGUAUGCAUCAUCUUGUUCGUUUUUAUAGAUUGCAUUGAAAGUUCAGAAUGUCGCGGUGUAACGAAAAGCUAUGCUAAUCAAUGUCCGACCUGCAAACAAUAGACAUCCUCCGAUGUUACAUACAUCUCACUUAUAUUUAAUUGCCAUGCCCAGCUAUGUAUAAUAAUGAUAACGUUAACGAAUAAAUAUUCAUAUUAUUCGAUAUAAAUUACACACAUGCAUACAUAUACAUAAUUAGAAAAAAGUUCAAAAAUGCAGCGUAUUAUUGGGAUGAUGAAUGUGUCCGCAGAGGUUUUUAUAUUUGUUUAUAGGUGUGAAUGGUGCAGCGCAUUUUUCAAGCAAGUUGUUAGUGAAAUCCCUCCAUUUUGCUAAAAUUGAAGAAAAAUAGAAUAAAAAAAAUUAAUAAAUAAAAAUAAAAAAACCAAAAAAAAAUAUAUAUAUAUAUAUAUAUAUACUAAAAUGGCGAGAAUAAUGUGGAAAAAAAAGAGUAAGUCAAAUCAACUUCUGUCCGAACUUAUGUAACUCGUCAGUAUGCAUAUAAUUCAUGAUGAUAUACACAUGCGUAUACCUGUAAAAUAUUAUAAGUAACGCUAAGUACAAUGCUAUAUAGGUAAAUAAUUAAUAAGAGUUUGCCUAUACUAUUAUUGUCUUUAUUGUUGUUUCUUUUUAUCAUUUUGUCAUUAUUACCAUUGAAUAUUGAUUCUUGAUGAAGCAUAAAGUAUACAUUUGUACAUUCUACGAUUAGGUACAUAUUCAAUGUUCAUGCGUGGAAUCUUUGAAAAAGUUUACUAGCUUACAUAAUUAUUAUUACUAUUAUUACGAAUAGAAUAUAAUUAAGGUAUAGGAGUAAAAUCGUGUAACAAAGUUUUAUCUGGUCUGUUAUAAUGUGUAAGCCUGCCGUUGAAAUAGAUCAUACAUGAUAUAAUAUCCAUAAUGUUACGAGUAAUUAUUACUGAUAUGUACUACGUUUACAGAACAUUUACAAAAAUGAAGAGCUCAUUCCUGAUGAAAAGGUGAACAGAAAAAUGAUAAAUAAUAAAGAAAAAGAAGUUAUAAUAAUGAAUGGAUUGAGUGACGAUGCGCAUUCAGGCAUUUGAUUGUUAGAUUCUUUUGAAAAAGCCUCACUUCGAAGAAAAUUGAAGGGAGGACAAAAAUCAUACAUUAGAAAAUUGACAAAAAAAUUAAAAUAAUAAUCACUUCAAAUAAUCCGAAGAAUAUGUUUGAAGUCAAAACACUUAUUUAUUAAUGACAAAAGUUGCGAUCCGAAAAGUAUUCGAUCCAUGUGUCGAUUUCGUUGCAAAAUACCGUUGCAAAGUGAAAACGAUAACGGAUAUUGAAUCAAUGUCCGACCUCCUGAACUUCUCUCAAAAUCGACAAGAAAUGUCUGUGUAGGUCUAUACGAAAUCGAAAACUAUAGCUAGCGGUACAAAACGCUGUAGUCAGCACGAUAUACGACGUACACGUAUUUCACUGUAGAAAAUUCAGUAUGAAUAAAUGAAACGACAUAAAGUGGAAAACGAUUCAGAAGUAAGUAUUGGUCGACGUACAAAAUUGCUUUGAACAAUACAAGUACUUGAUGGAUGAUCUGGUCAUGUCGGAGUGAAUGUGUAAUCGAUACAAUCAUCAAACCCUUUUUUGCGGCAUCAUCGCCACAAUUGAUUUUGGCAGGCUUUAGAAGUAUUGAAUGUAGAAAUAAUUGAGUCGUCGCUAACCUUGAAUUAUUAGAUUAUAAACAUAUAACGCAUGAGCUUUCAGGCUUAUUUUAUACUUAGAAUAACAAUGUCAUGUAAAAAAAAAGUAACCUACUAAACAAGUUGUAAUCUAGCUUAAGGUAGAUUAUAUUGUGAAAAUUAGUGAAAUAGAUUCAUGGUACAUUUAUUA